ACACCCGGCCGCGCGCUCCCGCCGCUGCCCAUGGGCGCCGCCGGCUCCACCGCGCUCGCCCGCCUGGGCCUCCCCGAGCCCGGCCGCGCACGCUGGCUGGGGGUGGCCGCGCUGGGGGUGGCCGCCGUGACCCUGGGGGCCGUGGCCUGGCGCCGCGCGCGCUCCCGGCGGCGCCGGCGGCGGCAGCAGGUGGGCACCGUGGCGCAGCUCAGCAUCUACCCGCUCAAGUCGUGCAAGGGGGUGCGGGUGAACGAGGCCGAGUGCACGGCCCUGGGGCUGCGCAGCGGCCACCUGCGGGACAGGUUUUGGCUGGUCAUCAACGAGAAGGGGAACAUGGUGACAGCAAGGCAGGAGCCCCGUUUGGUGCUCAUUUCGCUGACCUGUGACGGGGACACGCUGACCCUCAGCGCCGCCUACACCGCGGACCUGCGCCUGCCCGCCAAGACGCCCAGCACCAACGCCCUGCGCGCCUGCAGAGUGCACGGCCUGGAGAUCCAGGGCCGGGACUGUGGCGAGGCGGCCGCCCAGUGGAUCACCAGCUUCCUGGACACGCAGCCCUACCGCCUGGUGCAUUUCGAGCCUCACAUGCUCCCGAGGAACUGUCAGCAGAUCGGGGACACGUUCCAGCCAGCAGACCAGGUGGCCUACUCGGACAUGAGCCCCUACAUGAUCCUCUCCGAGGCAUCCUUGGCGGAUCUCAACGCCAGGCUGGACAAGAAAGUGAAGGCCGCCAACUUCAGACCCAACAUCAUCGUCUCGGGCUGCGGGGUGUUUGCGGAGGACUCGUGGGACCGGCUUCUCAUUGGGGCCGUGGAGCUGAGGAGGGUGAGGGCCUGUUCCAGGUGCAUCCUGACCACCGUGGACCCGGACACCGGGGUCAUGAGCAGGAAGGAGCCCCUGGAGACCCUGAAGAGUUACCGCCUGUGUGAUCCUUCUGAGCAAAAGCUGUAUGGAAAAUCACCUCUCUUCGGGCAGUAUUUCGUUCUGGAAAACCCAGGAACCAUCACCGUGGGAGACCCCGUGUACCUGCUGGGCGAAUAACAAGAAUCUUCUGUCCUGGAAUAGACUGAGUGUCUUUAAAAAAAAAAAAGUGCCAACAUUUAAAGCACAGUGUUGUGGGGAGGGAGGGGACUGACACUUCUGCCUUUUCUUUAGAUCUGUGCUUUCUAAUUUUUUGCUUUUUCUGGAGGUGGGUGUGGGGGGCUUCCUGGUGUCUCACCGCUCCCAGCAGCCUGGCACCCAAAGCAGAGGGACUUAUUGGGACUUCAGGAAGUCACAUGGCAGAGAAGCAAGGAUUCCGAGCACUCCUCUUAACUACAGCUGUCAAUUAAUUCUUUCUCCUCUGUUCACUCUCAACGAGCUGACCUCCAUCAUCUUAAUCAUCAGGCCAGGGUGACAGCAAAGAGCAAGGCCCGGUGAGCCGGACGAAUGUUCGGGAAUGUUUCUUUUCAUUCCAUCCAUGUAUGGAAUUUCCUCCCAUACAUGGGCAGAGGAAUUAGAAAUUAACUCAUUCCUCCUGAGUGGGGCUGGAAACACACCUUGCUAUUUCUCCAGGAGUCCCAGGAGAACUUCUGAACUCAAGAGCUGUCCACUGGGAAAGAUGCUAGUUUUCUGUGGACCCCCCCUUUUUUUGGGGAUUGUUUUGUUUGGGGGCCACAUCCAGCAAUACUCAAGGAUCACUCCUGGUGGUGCGGUGUUGCUGUAUGGUAUACCAGGGGUUGAACUGGGUGGGCUGCGUGUAAGGCAAUGCUACACCUGCUAUACUCUCCUCUAGCCCCAUAAAAACAUGUCGUCUUAUAAACUAGCUUUCUUCAGUAAAAAAGUAGAAUCUUUUAAAUCCUUCUAAUUCUUAGGUUUAACAAUAAAUAAAAAUAUUUAGAAAUAAAAUUAGUUUUGUUUUUUGGGUCACACUCGGCAAUGUUCAGGAGUUACUCCUGGCUCUGCGCUCAGAAAUUGCUCCUGGCAGUGCUCAGGGGACCGUAUGGGGUGCUGGGGAUCGAACCCAGGUUGGACAUGUGAGGCAAAUGCUCUACAAACAUUUUAGAAAGGAAGUGGGGUGGCUUCCUGCUGUUUUCUGCUUCUCUGACCUAUGCAUUUGGUUUUCUAAAAGUCACCAGGAGCUGGCCACCCUGGCCAAGAGUACUCCUGUAUUCUGACUGGCUGUUUCUCCUUAAAUCUGGGCGGGCCAUAGCUGGAAGCCUGCGUCCUGAGCGGAGGGGAGAAGGCAGAUGGAAUAGAAAAGGGAUCACUAAGAAAAUGAUGGCUGGAGGAAUCAGUCAGGAUGUGAGAUGUGUGCCGAAAGUAGAUAAUGGACCAAACAUGAUGACCUCUCAGUGUCUGUAUUGCAAGCCAUAAUGCCCCAAAGUAGAGAGAGAGUAUGGGGAAUAUUGUCUGCCAUGGAGGCAGG